AUGUCUCUUCAUUUGACAAUAAUACUGGUGGUCAUUGCGACACUAGGAUACUCCUUAUCUCUUCACCUAGGUGAGAAUAUUAUCUCGGACCAAUUGAAUGUAGUGGAACCCACGACGGGGAAACUAAACGUAUGGCCCCUCCCUACGUCCUUCACGACCGGAACAUCAAUCUUAUGUCUCUCAAACAAUUUCAACAUUUCUAUACCACACGAUACUCCUGAAGAUCUCACUCGAGCUGUAGAAAGGACUCGAAAAAGACUACAUGAUAAUACUCAUCGUUAUCUAUCUGUACGAAGAGGAGAAGAAUUCUUUCAAUUCAAAGGUUGCGAUAGUUAUUCAAACAGUUUACAACUCCUCUUCACUGAACAAGACGACGACAAAAGAAAUGAUAUGGAGACAAGAGAAAGAAAGAGAAAGUCAAUCAUGGACCAAGUCAAUUAUCCCCUGGAGGACAGAUUGGAGUUGGAAGGAUAUAACUUGACUGUUUCUAUGGAUGGAAAGGCUGAACUGGUCGCUUUAGGAGCUUUGGGUUUGUUCAGAGGUUUGUCAACUUUUGAACAAUUGUUUUAUUAUCUACCGGGAUCUCAUCCUUCUUCAAUUAUUACUCAGAUACCUUUGGAAAGAAUACAUUACGCUCCAUUUGCACCUUAUCAUAUCUCCGAUAAACCUGCUUUCCCAUGGAGAUCAGUUUUGUUAGAUACUUCUAGACAUUUCAUCCCACUUCAUUUUAUUCUAAAGACUCUGGACACUAUGGCCUUGGUUAAAGUAGUAAUUGGGCAUAUCACAGAUUCUAAUUCAUGGCCUCUACAACUGAGUUCUUUCCCCGAACUUUCCAAACCCUGGGAACCGGAGGUGUAUACAGAAGAAGAAGUCAAGGAAGUUAUACGCUACGGCGGAGAGAGAGGUAUCGACGUCAUACUAGAAAUUGACACCCCCGGUCAUACAGCCUCUAUAGGAACAUCACAUCCUGAGAAAGUAGCGUGUCUCGAAAGUGCACCAUGGAAUAAAUACGCAAAUGAACCUCCAACAGGACAAUUACGUUUCGCUCUUUCCGAAGUGGCCGAAUGGACCGCCGGGUUGUUUGAGAAGAUCAUCAGUUUGACUAGAGGGAGGUAUUUUGGGACAGGGGGAGAUGAGAUAAAUAUUGCUUGUAUGUUGGGAGACCCACCUACUGUCGCACGAUUGCAAGAAAUGGGUUGGACUCUUGAUGAUGCUUUGGACGAGUUUGUCAAUAUUACUCAUGGUGCUGUGAGAGAAGCAGGAGCUACUCCGGUAGUAUGGCAAGAAAUGGUAUUGGACCACGGCGAUUUGACUUCUUUGAAGAACGAUACAAUAGUGGCAGUAUGGAUCCAGGCUUCCGACGCUCAGCGGGUGGUGGAGAAAGGUUAUCGGGUGAUUCUUGCAUCUGCAGAUUACUUUUACCUGGCAAUUGAUUGCGGACAAGGUUCUUGGAUCGCACAACAAGGAGGUGGAAAUAGUUGGUGUGAUCCUUUCAAAUCUUGGCAAAGAAUAUAUUCUUUCGACCCCUCGGUUUGGGUAACUCCUGAUAAAUUUGAUCAAGUACUUGGAGAAGGUCAAACGAGUUUAUGGACGGAACAAACUGAUGAGACAAAUUUCGAAUCCACUCUUUGGCCAAGAGCGGCGGCUUUAGUAGAAGUAUUUUGGACUGGGGGACCUUAUCCUUUAGACUCAAAAGUAGCAAUGGAAAGGAUGAACGAUAUUCGAUAUCGACUUGUCUCCCUUGGUAUUUCAGCUUCGCCUGUUCAACCUCAUUGGUGUGCUCUUAGACCUGGUUCUUGUGAUGCGUAA